GCCGCAGGGAGGGAGAGUUGGCGCGUGCGUAGUGGUGGCAGGCUGGUCUCUGAGGCGGGGAGGAGGCGCGGGGGUUGAUCUCCACCAUUUAACGGAGCGGGAUCGAGCCUGGCGCUUUUGGGUGCCAGCGCGGGAGAAGCAAAGAGCCCGGCGGGAUUCUUGGGGCGAGUCGCCGGCUCCCCUCGUCUGUGAAGCCUUAUCAACCCCGCCUGCUCCCCGCCCGGGACUACUGAGUCCGGUGCACACAAGAUGGCGGACGGGGAGCUGAAUGUGGAUAGCCUCAUCACCCGGCUGCUGGAAGUGCGAGGAUGUCGUCCUGGCAAGAUCGUGCAGAUGACAGAAGCAGAAGUUCGAGGAUUGUGCAUAAAAUCACGAGAAAUCUUUCUUAGCCAGCCUAUUCUCCUGGAACUGGAGGCACCACUGAAAAUCUGUGGUGACAUUCAUGGGCAAUAUACAGAUUUACUUCGAUUGUUUGAGUAUGGAGGAUUCCCACCAGAAGCCAACUAUCUUUUCCUGGGAGAUUACGUAGACAGAGGCAAGCAGUCUCUGGAAACCAUCUGCCUAUUACUGGCAUACAAAAUCAAGUAUCCAGAAAACUUCUUUCUCCUAAGAGGAAACCAUGAGUGUGCUAGCAUUAAUCGUAUCUAUGGAUUCUAUGAUGAAUGCAAACGGCGAUUUAAUAUUAAACUUUGGAAGACAUUCACAGACUGCUUUAACUGUCUGCCUAUUGCAGCCAUUGUGGAUGAGAAGAUCUUCUGCUGUCAUGGAGGACUGUCACCGGAUCUCCAGUCAAUGGAGCAAAUUCGGAGAAUUAUGAGACCCACAGAUGUUCCUGACACAGGCUUGCUGUGUGACUUGCUCUGGUCGGAUCCGGACAAAGAUGUGCAAGGAUGGGGCGAAAAUGAUCGUGGAGUCUCAUUCACUUUUGGUGCUGAUGUGGUCAGUAAAUUUCUGAACCGUCAUGAUCUGGAUUUGAUCUGUCGAGCUCAUCAGGUGGUUGAAGAUGGUUAUGAAUUCUUUGCUAAACGACAGUUGGUCACCCUAUUUUCAGCUCCAAAUUACUGUGGAGAGUUUGAUAAUGCUGGAGGCAUGAUGAGCGUGGAUGAAACUUUGAUGUGUUCCUUUCAGGUAUACUAUGCUGUGCCAAUCAUGAGUCUCAGACGGAAUAAACCAGGCCUGGAUGGUGAGGUGGAGGCAGUAACAUACCUGCCCGUUCUGUAA